UAUAAUUUUCACAAAAUACACAACUGGAUACAGUUAUCAGGGCGUAGUGACUCCCUGUGCCAGAGACCUCAGCCAGGACUGCACAAGUAUGAUCAUGCCCUCUGGUGUCUCCAGCUUCUUGCUGGAUUGUAUGGAUUCAGACUUGGAAGCAGGUGACGCACAACCAUCCAUUGAGACUUUUUGCAAAGCUGAUACUUCUGAUGAGGGAACAGGUCUGGUCAGUGAAGAUGAAAUGCUGCACUGCUGUAUCAGGAACUCAACGCUUCUCAGUUUCAGUGACGCUGUGAAUAUCGGAAUGCAGCAUCCUCCAAACCUCUCCUCCAUUCUGGAGCUGUCACCUGUUACUGAUGGACAAACUGCAAAAGGCUCAUUUUCUCUGCCCUUCCUUCAACCUGUGUCACCUCUUGGCUCCUCUGCUUUGGUUGGGCUAUGUGAUAAUUUGACAUCCCCAAAGAAUACCUCAGGAGGUAAAGGCAAAACCACUGGAGUUGAAGAAAGGACUCCUGUAACCAAGAUAACUGCAGCAUUUUCUCCUGCUGUAAAAAAAAAGCCUCUUAUAGGAAAACAUAAGCCCAUAAAAUGCAGAAAGGUGACCUUCAGUGAUGUCAACAGCACACAGGCCAUAUCAGUGCUUAAUCCUGGUUCGGUGAAACCUCAGAGAAGAGCCUAUAAUGUCCAUAAGAAUGACAUGAGAAGCAACACCAAUGAGCCUUCUUCGGAGACAGCAAGGUUUUUUGACUUUGCUGAUGAAUGCGAGAAGGAAACUUUUUUUCAAAGACUGAAGCUGACCUACACUUUUCAGUUUCCCUCUAAACCGAUUACCUUCCCAGACCGGCCAAAGACAGAGGAUGUGUGAGGUAGAAGAAUGGUUUCUUUCUUUUUUCUUUUGUUCAAUGUGCAUUGCUGCUCUCACUUAGAUCUCGCGAACAACAUGAUGAAAUAAAGUCUGUUUUUGC